ACAGUAUCGAGAUGAUCCGACCAUAGUUUCCCUAUUGUCAUCUACCAUGGACGCCUUAAAGCUCCUUCGCUUGACGUAUCUAUAAUUAUCUUGACCUUUCUUCCACGCCAGGCGUCGUGUUCAAUCAAGAUGAUCUCGGCAUGCACCUGUGCAAACUCAAAUUGUCAGAUCAUACCGUAUUUCUGACUUCGAAUAAGGGAAUCUUGCCGCUUGAGCAAGCUCGGUAGUACUAGCAAGGACAAUAAAAGGCCAUGAAGAUCUUGGAGAUACUACUCAUACCGUACAUGCAGUGGUAUCAUCAAGGGAAAAUGAUGUUUCCACGUGUUUUGCCUCAGCUUUUGCUCUUUGCAGCUGCUAAUGCUGCUAUAAUUGCCCGCAAUGAGACCUUCACUUCCUCCACGACACCAACACCUACAUAUCCAAGUGGCAGUCCCCCGGAAAUCUUCCCCACGCCAAUUGACGAUGUCCCCGAGGAAGCCUUCUCAUGCUGGGAGUCCCACGUAUCGUGGACCAGCUUUUCCACCGUCCAGCACUAUGCUGACGAGACUGAUAAGAGCUAUGUAACCCACACCACCACCGAGACAACCAGUCUGGUCACCCACGUAUCCUACGUUCCAUCUCCGGAUACCACGCUCUGUGAUAGCGAGCCUCGCGUUACAGGUCGACAGACACCUACAGGCUACGACGUCAGCACCACUGUCGUGCUCGACAUGACAUGGUCGGAAACCUGGCUUCCACCAACCCCAACCUGCACGGUCGACAGCUACGGAAGCCUCUGCUCACAGCUCCACGCCUCGGAGGCCUCCAUAAUCGACCGCAUCAGCCGCGCAGGAUUUACCACCGACUUCCCUCUCGACGACCCGCAGAGCAUCACCGACGUGCUCAAGCCGCCCUGCAACACAGUGGACUCCUACGCGACCACCCCGACGCCCGUGACCUGCAGUCUCAACACCGACGCACUCACGUACAAAGUGCUCUACUGGCCCGUGACCAUCGCACCGGGCGACGAUUUCUGCGCUCCAUCGAACGUCUCACGCUCAACGCUGGAGGCAACGCCUACUAUCCCCGGCCAGCCGAACACCGCGAAGUAUGGAGACCUGGUCUUGACUUCUCCAACAGUGUACUACAUCCUCGACAACGCGACAAUGGAAACCUACGCCGGCCCUACCGUCAGCGGCGCCUCCUCCGCCUGGCGCCCCAUCGGCACCCCCGCCUCAACCCCCCUAACCCUCUCCCAGAACCCCCUCGCCACGCCCCUCUCCUCCGCCCUCACAACCUGCACCCGCACCUGCCGCCACUGCCUCCGCCGUUGCUCGACGUACGCCCUCCCCUUCUCCCUCGAGGACCUCGCGACCGCCCCCGCGGACAAAUGGCACCGCAACGCGUACGCGUACGAGGGGAUCUAUCAGGGUAUGUACACGCCGUUCUACACGUUCCCGCAGGACGUCAAGACGGCGGAGGAGCAGUGGGGCGUGUGUGACACGCUUGUUUUGGCGGCGGCGAGGCCGAUGUAUCUGGCGCUGCCGACGGAGAGGUGGCCGGAGAGGAAUGAGGAGUGGACUUAUACUUGGCCGACGACGGUGGGUGUCGUGAGUACGCCUACGCCUGUGCCUGUGCCUACGAGGACGGCGAGCCCGGGGGGUGGGAGUACGGGGACGGUUGGGCCGGAGGUCACGGGCUUGGGGUGA